GCGCCGCCGGGACCGGCCGGGCGGCGAAGAUGGUGGCGAGCGCGCGGGUGCAGAAGCUGGUCCGGCGCUACAAGCUGGCCAUCGCCACGGCCCUGGCCAUCCUCCUCCUGCAGGGCCUGGUGGUCUGGAGCUUCAGCAGCCUGGAGGACGACGAGGAGGAGGAGCCGGGGGAGAAGGGGCGCCAGUGGAAGCCGCGUCUGCCGGACCCCGGCCCGGGCCCCAAGGACCCGGACAGCUCGGCCGGGCGCGGCGGCGGGGCGGGCCGCAAGCACGGCCGCUGGCGGGGCCGGACCGAACGCCCCGGCGUCCACGCGGCCAGGCCGGCCAGGCCGGUGACCGGCCAGCGCCGGGUCGGGCGGCGGCCCCCCGCGCCCGCGGCGGAGCCGUCCGCCCGCCGGAACCCCGGCGCCGGGGCCGCGCAGCCGGCCGGCGGCUUCCAGCACGGGGACACGGGGAGCGUGGAGGGGGCCCCGCUGCCCACCGAGAGCGGCUUCGCCCCCAAGUGCGAGAUCGUGGGCAAAGACGCCCUCUCGGCCCUGGCCCGGGCCAGCACCAAGCGCUGCCGGCAGGAGAUCGCCAAUGUGGUGUGUCUGCACCAGGCGGGGGGCCUCAUGCCCCGGGCCGUGCCCCGACACUGUCAGCUCUCCGGGAAGACGGGCCCGGUCGUCCAGUGGGACGAGAGCCGGGCCCAGGGGCCGCCGUCUCCCAAGGGGCCACCGGUGCGCAUCGCCUACAUGCUGGUGGUGCACGGUCGGGCCGUGCGCCAGCUCAAACGCCUCCUCAAGGCCGUCUACCACCGGCAGCACUAUUUCUACAUCCACGUGGACCAGCGCUCCGACUACCUGCACCGGGAGGUGGUGGAGCUGGCCCAGGCCUACCCCAACGUGCGGGUGACCCCCUGGCGCAUGGUCACCAUCUGGGGUGGGGCCAGCCUCCUGAAGAUGUACCUGCGCAGCAUGAGAGACCUGCUGGAGGCCCCUGGCUGGGCCUGGGACUAUUACAUCAACCUCAGCGCUACCGACUACCCCACCAGGACCAAUGAUGAGCUGGUGACAUUCCUGACCGGGCACCGAGACAAGAACUUCCUCAAGUCACACGGUCGGGACAACAGCAGGUUCAUCAAGAAACAGGGCCUGGACCGGCUGUUCCACGAAUGUGACUCUCACAUGUGGCGGCUGGGGGAGCGGCAGAUCCCCGAAGGCAUCGUGGUGGACGGGGGCUCCGACUGGUUCUCCCUGACGCGCAGCUUCGUGGAGUACGUGGUCUACACCCGCGACCCCCUCGUGGCCCAGCUACGCCAGUUCUACACCUACACCCUCCUCCCGGCGGAGUCCUUCUUCCACACGGUCCUGGAGAACAGCCACGCCUGCGACACGCUGGUGGACAACAACCUGCGUGUGACCAACUGGAACCGCAAGCUGGGCUGCAAGUGCCAGUACAAGCACAUCGUGGACUGGUGCGGCUGCUCCCCCAACGACUUCAAGCCGCAGGAUUUCCUGCGGCUGCAGCAACUGUCCAGACCCACCUUCUUUGCCCGGAAGUUCGAGUCUACGGUGAACCAGGAGGUGCUGGAGAUUCUGGACUCUCACCUGUACGGCAGUUACCCCCCCGGCACGCCGGCCCUCAAGGCGUACUGGGAGAACGUCUAUGACCGGGCGGAGGGGCUGGGGGGCCUCAGCGAUGUCGCCCUCACUGCCUAUACUUCCUUCGUCCGCCUCGGCCUGCGCCACCUCGGCGGCCCCGGCCCCCAGCCUGCCGAUCGACUCUGCAGGUUUGAGCCUCGGGACUUGCCGUCCAGAGUGCACCUGUAUUUCUAUGACGACCGUUUCCAGGGUUACCUGGUGACCCAGGAGGUGCGACACCCCGGGUCGGGACGGGCCGAAUCCCUGGAGAUGUGGCUGAUGCCCCAGGGAGCCCUGAAGCUAACGGGGCACGGCGGCCAGGCCAACCGGCUGCAGGGCUUGGAGGUGGGCACCGAGUGGGACCCCAAGGAGCGGAUAUUCCGGAACUUCGGGGGGCUUCUGGGACCCCUGGACGAGCCGACGGCCAUGCAGCACUGGGCCCGGGGCCCCAACCUGACCGUCACGCUGGUCUGGAUCGACCCGGCCUACGUCGUCGCCACCUCCUACGACAUCACGGUGGACGCGGAGGCCGAGUUCACGCAGUACAAGCCGCCCCUGCGCCGGCCCCUGCGGCCCGGGACCUGGACCGUCCGCCUGCUGCAGUUCUGGGUGCCCCUGGGCGAGACGCGGUUCCUGGUGCUGCCUCUCACUUUCAACCACAGACUACCUCUCAGGAAAGAUGACGGGAGCUGGUUGCACGCCGGCCCCCCUAACGGCGAGUACAUGGAGCAGAGCUUCCAGGGCCUGAACGGCGUCCUGAACCUGCCCCGGCCCGGCCCGGCGGAGGAAGCGGCCCGGCGGCGGGCGGAGCUGGCCGGUCCCGCUCUGGAGGACUGGACGGACAGCAGCCUGGGCGGCUUCUGGUCGGUGGCCGGCGUCUGCGGCCCGGACGUCUCCGGCUGCCCCGCCCUGGAGCCCUGCAGCCGGACCCGCUGGAGCUCCCUGUCCCCCGACCCCAAGUCCGAACUGGGUCCGGUCAAAGCCGACGGCCGGCUCAGGUAGCGGGGGGCGGGGCCCGGAGCCCCGAGGCGUAGCACCUUACGGACGGAUGGCGCGGGGACGGACGGGCGACGGGGGCUUCCCGCCUCCGGAGCCGAUUAGGCUCCGCCGCGUUGUGGCGGGCCGAAGCCUGGGCUCGCGAGUGGGCGGCGGGAGGCCGCAGCUCUUCGGGGCUGAAGGCCGACUCCCCGGGCCCCGGCGGGCGCCGGGGCUGGGCCUGCAGAGUCGGCCACUCUCCCUUGGAGUCGGGCUCACCGGGGACCGCGCUGGGGCUCCGGCCCCCGC